AUGCCACGACUCCAUGAUUCUGGGAUACUUCCCCUCCUCAUCCUCUGGCAGAAAAACCCGGCUGAUGCCGCGUCCCGCAAGGCGCCCCUCGGCGGGGCCGCCCCGUGCCCGCCCCUGCCCGUCCCGCCGCGGAGCCGCCUCCGCCGGGCUCUCUCCCCGCCCCGCUGCCGCCCCGCGCCCGCCCCGUCCCCGACAGCGUCGCCGGCGGCUUCCCCGCUCCGAGCUCCGCCGCUCGUCAGCUCGGCCGCCGGCCCCGAGCCGCCGCAGUCCGGGGCGGCUCGGCAAGCAGCGGCGCGCCGGGCGCUCGGCUUGCCGGGGCAGAAGAGCGGGAGCGCGGUGCCGCCCGCACGGGCGGAGAAGCCUCCCCUGGAGCAGCUCUACCGGGAGGGCCCGCUGCUGGGGAGCGGCGGCUGCGGCAGCGUUUACUCCGGGACCCGGCUCGCCGACGGCGCCCCGGUGGCCAUCAAGCGAGUGUGCCGCGAUCGCAUCCCGGAGUGGGCGCGGCUGCACAACGGCGCCCUGGUGCCCCUGGAGCUGGCGCUGCUGUGGAUGGUGUCGUGCCCCGGCUUCCGCGGCGUCGUGCGGCUCCUGGACUGGUUCGAGCUGCCCGACGGCUUCGCGCUGGUCAUGGAGCGUCCGCAGCGCUGUCAGGACCUCUGGGACUUCCUGCACGAGCGGGGGUUCCUGACGGAGCCCGUGGCGCGGGGGCUGUUCCGCCAGGUGCUGGAGGCCGUGCGGCACUGCACCAGCCGCGGCGUCCUGCACCGCGACAUCAAGGCCGAGAACGUCCUCGUCGACCUGGCCACGGGCGAGGCGAAGCUCAUCGACUUCGGCUGCGGCACGAUCCUCCAGGACACGUUCUACACCCGGAUGUCAGGAACGCCGGAGUACAGCCCACCAGAGUGGAUCCUCUUUGGCUGCUACCAUGGCCAGCCAGCCACCAUCUGGUCCCUGGGCAUCCUGCUCUAUCACCUGGUCUGCGGGCACCUUCCUUUCCACACAAAUGAGGAGGACAUUGUCCGGGGCCAGCUCUUCUUCCCGCCCCGGGUGUCUCAAGAGUGUCAGCACCUCAUCAGGUGGUGUUUAUCCAUGGACCCCGCAGACAGGCCAUCACUGGAAGACCUUUUUGAGCAUUCUUGGCUGCAGGAGCCCUGCCUGGCCCAGGAGACAGCAGAGAUCCAUCCCUGUGCUCAGUAGGAUCCAGGAGCCCAGCAAGUACCAGCUGCACGCGUCUGGUGGCACUCCAAGAAAACCCCGGAGCGUUUCCCUGCGGCCGUGGCACGGAGGAGAGAGCGCAGCCGAGGAGAUGCUUCCGCUGGUCCCCGGCGAGUUGUGGAGGGAGCGGCUCAGUGCUCCCCGUGCCACUGGAGAAGUGGUGGCAGUGCGGUGAAGGUGCCACGGACUGGAACAGGGGAAACAUCCCCCUGCAGCUCAAUGGCAUCGGGAUGUCCCCGCAAACCGAGGCACAGCUGGCGUGUUCUUCUGGAGCACCACGUGGAGCUGGGAACACCAUCCUGGAGCUGGCCGCUGGCGGGGCAAAGCCGAGCGGCUUUGGCUGCGGCCCCUUCCUGGAGGACACACUCUGCGCCCCGAUGAAAUCAAGAUGAGUCCCCAGCCGGCACAGGGGCGGGGGGAUGCUCGUGCUUCCAGGCAUGGCAGGGCUCGGCCUGGCCACGCGCCGCAGGUUCCCUGCUUUUUGUUGGGAAGGGGACGGAUGUUGUGGAAGGGGAGCCGGCUCCUGGCCUUGCUGACAGCUUCUGCCAGCCAGCCUGGCACGGGCUGGGGCGGGGGCAGCCAGCCUGACAAAGCAUCCAUCCAUGUGGAUGGGGGCAGCAGAGGGGGACGGGUUCCGAAGCCGUGCCCCAGCUGGUCUGCUUUGCAGGCCCUCGAGGAAGGGGUGCGUUUACGGGCGGGAAAGGUGGGGUUUUUCCCCACCCGUGGACAGGUUUCAUUCUCGCAUGGAGUGGUCAGACCCUCCUCAGGCCUGUGAAAUGGUGACAGGCUGUGUAGCUUCUUCUCGUUUCCAGGUCUUGUUUUGAAUUGACUUUCAUGCAAUUGUUCUUUAUUUUCCCAGGAAGAUUACACCUGGUGCCCGGACCGGACGGGGAAGCGCCUGCACCAUCCAUGGGCACAUCCAGUGCCAGCGCUACCCCAGGGGCCACGGCCUGUGGGGACAUCCCCUUCAAGAAGGACGAGGACCUCGUGUGGGAUCAGCUCCUCUCCUGGCAGCAGGUCUGCAGAGGUGGGUACCCGGCUCCACAGCUGGGCUGGCAGAAGGGCUUCGGGCAGAGGGCAGCGGGCACACGGGCAUCCCGCCCUUGCAGCUGCUGAGGAGGCUGCUGUGCUGUGCUGAAGCGGAGGAGGUGGAACGUGGCCUGCCACGCUGCCCUUCUCUCGAAACAGAGAAUGGCUCGGGAGGUUUGGGCUCUGAGCACAGCCAGCAGCCUGGCCCGGGCACAGGCCAUGGCAGGACAGGGCACAGGAGCCUUCUGUGACUGACCGUGGCUCUCUGGUUUCUCUCUGCAGGCUGCCAGCACCUCAUGCCAUGGAAACGGCUCCACUCGGCCUGCCAGGCUGGGAGGGCUGGAGGGCGGCGGGUGUUCAUUUGCUGUCAAAAAUAAAUCCUUAUAUUUUUUUGUCAUCAUCAU